AUGGAUGAUAUUGAAGAGCUUCGACGAAGGCUUCGAGAAGCAGAGAGUCGAGCGAAAGAGGCUGAGGACAGACGCGACAAAGCCGAAGCACUCGUCACCGCUUCGCAGCCACAAAACCUUCAACAAUAUCUCGAGACUUGCCAUUCCCUCCAUCUUGCUAUCGAAGUUGUAACUGACCGAUCUUUGACUACGCAAGGAGAAACUACCAAUCCUACAGGACGAAUUUUCCCCCGACGAAUAAUCCCUUGGGACAGCUUUGCAAUGAGACAACAAGAGAUCUGGAACGAUCUCUCAAUCAGCGACUUGUUCUCUAAGCCCGCAUUCCCAUCUAAUCAUCAGAUGGAAUACGUCAAGUCAUUGCUCAAGCCCAUUAGCAGUGAACUUGGGCUGCGGGAUUUCGAGCGUGAUGUCGUCGAAAACGCGGUUCAGAAGUUGGUUGACCGAGCACACACGGAUCCAUUGCUGCGAAGUACUCUCGGUAUCCAGGGAACAGUGACGUUUGAGAGCCAUACGAAUCUCGGAACGACAGAAGAUCUUAUAUCUGAGCCAAUGGAACACAUGUCGCUGGGCGGAGAUAACCCAGUUGCUACAGCACAAGGAUUUGCCCCGAAGCAGGCAGCAGCACCCAAGGCCCGUCGCAGAGCGAGGGGGAAGGGCAAUCGAGCGGACCAGUUCUGUAUAUACAGGAGUUCAGAGGGACAAAAUGUUCCAGCCAUUGCUAUCGAGUACAAGGCACCACACAAAUUAAGUCUCGACGAGAUCAUCACCGGUCUUGAGGCGGGAAUUCAGCCGGAACGUGAUGUGAUUAACAAGGACAGUCAGGGCUUUGCCUUGACGGCCCGACGCCUUGCCGCCGCUGUGGUUACUCAGCUCUUCUCUUACAUGAUCGGCAAGGGCAUCCAGUUCGGUUAUAUAUGCACGGGACAGGCAUUAGUCUUUCUUCACAUCCCAGACGAUCCUUCCAUAGUCUACUUCUCGGUAUGCGUGCCAAAUCAGGACGUAAUGGACGACGACGAGACGAGACUCCAUCGCACAGCCGUCGCGCAGGUUUUCGCCUUCAUUCUCCAGGCUCUCCGCGCUAGACCACCACCUGAGACAUGGCAUGACGAGGCCGAGACGCUCGGUACUUGGGCUGUCGAAUACGAUGAUAUUCUGAGGGAUAUCCCGAUGUCGGAACGCAAGCGCAAGGAACCACGCGCCUCUCCUUAUAAGCCACAGCGUUGGAAAGGAUUUAAGAGAUCGCCAAUUCGGACCCGCUACCGCUGCCAACAACCAGGCAGCAACGCAGGACGACUGGAGGACAACGAUGAAGAUCCCCCUUCCCCGACUCCGAAUCCAUCUCGCACUCGUGGGAAAGCGUCGCCGUCAGUUGGCACGAGCUCGGGUAGCGGGAACCAAGGACAGCGCAGCGGCCAGCAGAAAGAGUCAAGCCCAGUGCAGAAACCGAAUAUACAAAGCCGGCUAUUUUGUACUCACCGUUGUCUUCUGGGAUUGGCUCAUGGCGGGUCCAUGGACAAGAACUGCCCCAACGCAAGCCAUCACGGGCAAAUGCACAUUAGUAGACUUGAGUUUCUGCGGCUCAUCCGACACCAGCUUGCCAUAGACCGCGGACGCGAUGCGAAUUGCGCGCCUCUCCAUAGAUCCGGUUCUCGCGGGUCACUCUUCAAGGUGCGGCUGGCGUCUCACGGCUAUACACUAGUUGCCAAGGGAGUGGAGGGCCUAGACCUUGCCUGCCUGCAGCACGAGAACGAUAUGUAUAGCCGACUCCAAGCCAUCCAAGGGAAGUAUGUCCCUGUAUGCCUGGGCACUAUUGGUCUGGUACGGCCAUACUAUUAUGACAGCGGCGUUUAUGUACACUUUAUGUUCCUCAGCUGGGCUGGGCUACCGCUCUUUGACUGUGUUGAACCGGCCAUGAAAGACGGCAUCGCCAACGCUGUCACCAUGGCGUUCAAGGCAAUGCACAAGUUGCGCGUUCUCCACCGUGACGCGGAACCACGCAACAUUCUAUACAAUACAACCAGUCGUGAGCUCAUGGUUGUGGAUUUUGAGCGCGCCGAGUUCCACGGUCGCCGGCCCUUGGGCUCAAUUGGCCCUAAUCAGAGUCGGAAGAGGAAGCGUGGAGUAUUACAGAAUCAAAAGAAGGAUGACUUUGCGCGUGAGCUGGAGUCCGCUACAGCAAGGGCAUCAAGUUGUGUCGCGAACUUGCCCAGUCCUUCAGAAAUCACGUCGCGGCUCUAA